GCGGACCCGUGCGAACAAACAACGUCUGACGGCCUUCUCUCCACGAGUUGUAUCGUUCCUAUCUCCGCGCAAUGGGAUCUUCUAAUACAAAGGAAGACACACCGCCAAAGGCAGAGCAGGAAGCGCCUGAUGCACUGGAAGAAGAUGACGAGCCAGAUGAGUGGGACAAGCGAAUCUUUAGCACAGGCUGCGCCGAUGAGAAUGCGAGAUUGACCGACUGCUACCACGAUAAGAAAGAUUGGAGAGCCUGCAAGGACGAGAUGGAGAGGUUCAGGGAGUGUUGGAAAGCGCAGGGAAAUGACAAACGGACCAGCACCGUAGACUCUACGUGACGCCAAUCCCCCUUUACCUUGGUUUGUACAGUAUGUAUGUAUUAUCAUCAUUAUUAUGUACUUGUACGAGCAUCGAGCAAAAUGCGCAAAGGGGCUCUACCAAUAAUUAUUUGAACACCGA